UGGGAAAUCUCUCGUCUGGGGGAGCAAUUUUCGGUGGUGUCCCUCUCUCUCUCUCUUUCUCUCUGUCUCAAUCUGUUAUCGCCUGUAUUUGUACCGUUUCCCGAGCUUUUUGUUUCCUUCUUUUGUUCUUUCCGUUCCGACGUUUUCGUUUUUGUGUACCCUUGAGUUUCUCCUGGCGGAGAAAGGAUGGCUUCUGGAUGCUGUGGCACCAAGAAGCAGAAACUCAACAACAAUUCCAGUUGCAGUGUGCCCUGCAGCAAUUCACCAGCUCUCAUUCCGACGAACGGAAUCCGAAAUGGGAUGAUAGCACAUCCGACUAUGUGCUUCUACUGUUUCGACGUUCUGUACUGCCAUUUACACAGUCUGGAACCACCCAAAUCUCCAGACUUUUGCAACGACCCUUAUCCACUGUUUGUAACUUGGGAAAUCGGUAGAGAUAGAAGGUUGAGAGGUUGCAUUGGUACUUUUAAUGCCAUCAAUCUUCAUAGCGGUAUUCGAGAGUAUGCAGUGACAAGCGCUGUAAAAGAUUCUCGAUUCAGUCCUAUAUCCAGGGAUGAGCUGACAAAACUUCAUGUGUCUGUUUCCAUACUUCGACAUUUCGAGGAUGGAACGGACUACACAGAUUGGGAGGUCGGAGUCCAUGGAAUCAGAAUAGAAUUUCACAAUGAAAAAGGCAAUAAAAGGACUGCAACGUAUCUCCCAGAAGUGGCCACCGAACAAGGUUGGGACCAACUCCAGACGAUUGAUUCUCUACUCCGUAAAGGCGGAUUUAAAGGAGUAGUGACACCCGACAUUCGACGAGGGAUAAAGCUGACGCGUUAUCAAUCCGAAAAGGUCUCAGUCGGAUAUCAAGAAUACCUCAGGUCUUGGAGAGCCGGUAGGCGGUGCUAGCGUGGGCAGGGGGGCAACGUCCCCCCAGUCUACCAUCGCCUCCACACUACUCCACCACAGUAUAGAAGGAGGCAAUGACUUAUGGUUCUUUGGCUACUUGGAGUCUUACUCGCACUUCAUUUAACAUAUUUCAUACAAGAUUCGUUUUAAUUUUACUUACACAUACACAUACAUACGUGUAUAUAUUUGUUUUAUCAAUUUUAUUGUUGUUUUUUUUUACAUGUGACGAGUAGACGUAGCCAAAGUGGCCAAGAAUAUAUUUUUUUGAAAUUAGUAAUGUUAAAACAAAUCAUUGCUCAUGAUGCAAAAGGAUAGCUAUAAGUACUUAAACUUUUUGUUUCCUUGUUGAUCAAAAUUUUGAUUUUGUCAUAUUAUUGUUGUUAUUUUUAAUGAGGUUUUUAC